GGGAGGGCACCGUGCCAGGCAUCGCUGGCAUCCUUCCUCCCAGCCCACCCUAAAAUUCCAGUCCUGGGUUUCGGGGAUCGACUCUAGACUCUGACUGCCAGAGGCUGGGUGCGUGACAGCCAGACAGCCAGCCGUGUUGACAGGAGAGGAGGAAGAGGCGCCUGGAAGCCGCUCCUUGAAUCCGGAUCGCAGAAGCCGCCGGAGAGCCAGUGGGGCGCGGGUCUCGCCGCCUCCCCGCCCUUGCCCGAUGGUGCCAGGCGCCCCCAAGGUCCGGAUGCCCCUGCCCAAGGAGCUGCUGGUCUACGGCCUCCUCUUCGGCUUCUCCUUCCCGCUGCUGGUGCUGAUGCUCGUCUUCUAGCAUGGCUCGGGGGACUCGCCCUCCUCCUGCCCGGGGAGCCCGCUGGGUUGGGCCGCCGCGCUGGGGCUUCAGGGCAGCACGGGCGGCCAGGGGGGGCUGGGGGCACCGGGGGGCGUAGUCCGGCUGGAUCUGACCGAGUUGGCCUGGGAGGAGGAGCGAACCCCGCUUUCCCAGCCGGAUCCCCGGGAAUCAUUCUGCCCCGUCCAACCUUGGCAGGGGAGGCAGCUACCCAACGGGGGGGUGGCAGGCGGCAGCGAGGACAGCGGGCCGGGGGCUCUUGCACCAUUGCGGGCAGGAGGAGCGGCGGAAGACGCCCCCCCCCCCUUUCACCAGAUGUGCAUGCAGGGAAGCUCAUAGCGACUGAGGAUUUGUGCGCGGCCGGUGCAUCUCUUCUCUCCAGCGGGGGCAACUCCACUGAAGCCUCCGCUCUACCCCCCACCCCUCCGCCUCCUCCUUCGGGGCCGGCGGUGCAACAGCUGUCGGACGGCGGCAGUCCCCCCCCCCCUUCCGCGUUGCGGUUCUGCAGGAAGGAAGCGUGUCCUCUCCGGCUCGCCGUGCCGCGGUGGGCGGGCAGGGGGCCGUCUGCGAUGGGCGAGGGCAUGUCCAAAAGGCUGAAGUUGCAACUGGGCGGCGAGGCGGAGAUGGAGGAGCGCGCCUUUGGCAACCCCUACUCGGACUACCCGGCCCACGGGGUCCCGGCCGGCGGCGCCUCGGAGGCGGCUUCCCCCAGCGGCUCGGAGGCCCAGCGGGACAGCCCGACUUCGCCCGAGGGAGACGACGCCCUGCCCUUCGAUGGCAACGGGAAGAUCAGCCCCUAUUUUGAUAAAAAGAUCACCAUGAAAAUCAAGGAUUUGUUGCAGCAAAUGGAAGAAGGAUUGAAGACGGCAGACCCGCACGACUGCUCUACGUACACCGGUUGGACAGGAAUCGCUCUCCUGUACCUUCAGCUGUAUCGUGUGACAGGGGAAAAAAAUUACCUCCAACGAUCUUUGGAUUAUGUAAAGAGGACACUCCGCAACCUGAACGGAAGAAGGGUCACUUUCCUCUGUGGUGACUCUGGACCCUUAGCAGUGGGAGCAGUAGUAUACCACAAGCUAAAUAUUGAGAGUGAAUCCAAGGAGUGUGUGACAAAGCUCUUGCAAUUCCAGAGAACAGUCCUCGGCACGGAUUCUGACCUCCCAGACGAGCUGCUUUACGGAAGAGCUGGCUACUUGUAUGCCUUGCUUUAUUUGAAUACUGAAAUUGGCCCCAACACUGUGCCCCAGUCAGUUAUCAAAGAGGUGGUGGAUUGCAUCAUUGAGUCAGGCAAAAAACUCUCCCUGGAGGAACGGAAAGCUGAACGCUGCCCGUUGUUAUACCAGUGGCACAAGAAGCAGUAUGUUGGUGCAGCGCAUGGUGUGGCGGGGAUCUAUUACAUGUUAAUGCAGCCAGCUUCUAAUGUGGAUCAGGAGACUCUGACGGAGCUGGUGAAACCGAGCAUCGACUACGUGCGUCACAAAAAAUUCCGGUCGGGGAACUACCCGUCAUCUUUAAGCAACGAGACGGACAGGCUGGUGCAUUGGUGUCAUGGUGCCCCGGGAGUCAUCCACAUGCUCAUGCAAGCCUAUAAGGUUUUCAAAGAGGACAAAUAUUUGAAAGAUGCCAUGGAAUGUAGCGAUAUCAUUUGGCAGCGAGGGUUGCUGAGGAAAGGAUACGGACUCUGCCACGGGACUGCAGGAAACGGCUACUCCUUCUUAGCCCUCUAUCGCCUCACCCAAGAGAAAAAGUACCUCUACCGAGCUUACAAGUUCGCAGAGUGGUGUCUAGAAUACGGGGCACAUGGAUGCCGGAUUCCUGACCGACCCUACUCGCUAUUUGAAGGUAUGGCUGGAGCCAUCCACUUCCUCUCUGACAUAUCGGCCCCCGAGAAGUCCCGCUUCCCUGCGUUUGAACUCGGCCCUCAAAAGAAAGGGGACAAAGAGGAGCACGACAGCUAAGCGUGAGCUUGAGACGAUGCCAGGAGCGGCAAACGACUGCCGGGUGCCUCGAAGAUCGCUGAACCAACUGAGCAAAGAGACAAGCGAAAAACUCUUUCUCACCUGUUCUCCUAAUGGGCCACAUUUGUCAUUGCUGCAUGAAGAAAAGGAUUCAUUGCUGCUAACGCAUCAUUUGCAAGAUGCUAUCAGCCGCAGCAAGAGACUUGUCUCGGGAUUGUUAGGAGCCCUCUCUUUUAGUUUUCACUGUCACCUCUGGGUUGUUGACGUGUUCGCAUGUUUGGUGUUGUCCGUAAGCGUGACACCCCGCCCCCACCCCGUUGUCGUAAAGCUGAAAACCCAUUUUGUGCAUGGCUGUAAUGGCAGCAGCUCCUCUCUUUCCACAGCCACAAGUACAAGGAUGUUGCCUUCAUCUGCCACAGUGAACGAGAGCAGCUAACAGAAUCCGGGUUCUUGGUUUGGUUGAUUCUCCUUGUGGGAAAUCUGAAAAAUCUAAAGAGGUCAAUCACAGCUUGUUUUCUCAUUUUGAGGACAUCAAGGGUGCAAUCCAGUUACAGUUAACCACGUUUAUCACCUUGUUGAUUUUCCUCGAGAAAACUAAGCACGUUCUGAAAUUGUUCUUAAUGGAAUCUAGAGUACUUAAGUUUUGGGCUGAAUGACGUUUUGAGUUUCUUCUUUUCCACUGGGAACUUUUGAAAGUUGGGAAGACCUUUCAAAGAUCCAUGAAGCAGGGAGAAAGAUAGGUCAGCCCUAAACUGACCUCUCUUGAAAAAGGCAGGGUUGGGCCUUAUGUGUCUCCAACGCAUUUCAGCAGAAGUGGAUUUUGGUCUUUCUCAGUGACUGUGUACACUUUUCGAGCAGUGUUUUUAAGGGGCCACUUUUCACUUGUGAACGUGUGAAGUGCUUUUCCUGAAUAAAAGAUAACCAGGUAAUGCUGUAAAGGGGAAUGAAACAUUGGCUGAAAUAGCCUGCUAUCCUCUGUUUGGCAGCUGACAGAGACCACAGAAUCACAAUCCCACCCCUUUGGGGGAGAGCAGACCCCUCCCCUUUCACUUCUGCCAGUGCAGAGCUUGCUCCUGGUAGCAGUCAGAACUAUCUUGGGGCUCUCGGCCUAGCCAGUAGGAGGAAGAAAUUGAGGAGAAUAGUUGACUGCUGCUUUCAGAGCUUCUCAAAUGAGGAUGACGAACCUGGUUCUUAUUCAUCACGAAACCGGUUGACGCAGGGGAUCGUAUUUUGGCUUUUCAGUGUCUGGAACAGCAACAUUUCUGUAUAUUCAGGAGCUAUAUAGUGCAAGUGUAUUCCUCACACCAACAGGACCCAACGAGUUGAGUGUUACUCUUUAGUGUGUUCCAGUUUCACAUCUUCGAAGUAAAGCUGAGCAAAAUAAAAUUAAAAAAAAAAUUGCAUUGUAGGUUUACUAUUUUUGGCAAAGGGCAAGGUUAGCUUAAAAUAAACAAGCAUCUUCCUGUUAUUCUUAGUUGAGGAAUGAGCACAGUGUUAUGUUAAAGGCCAUUGUCUCCAAUGGUGCAGAAUUUUUGUGAUGCCGAUUGUGCUGUUUUUGGCCUAGCAGGAAAUGGAUCUGUCCCUCUUGCAGUCAAGGAAAUCCUUCUGUGGGAAGCGUCAGCGGCUUGAGGGGUGGGUGUAAGGAUUCAGUUGUCACAAUCUUUUGCUGUUGUAAGUUCUUUUCCAAAAAAAUAAAUAAAUAUGUUUAUCUAAAUGUGAA